AGCAGAAUGUAAACAACUGAGCUAAGGCUCUGAUUGGCUCAUAUCAGCAGCGCGUGCUAUGGUUUUGUUUUUUUAAACCUUAUAUUAAGAAAGAAGAAUGGGCGUUCUGUGACUGUGUCCAUGUGAACCGGCAACCGGAGACUGAAACAUAUUGCACUUGUAAAGCUGAAAAGACAAAAGGAAAGAUGGAGCUGGACAAUGAGGAUGAAAAAAGUCGCACUUUGGUUCAGGUCAUCAGUGAGAAGUACAACCCUGACGACUUCCCGUACUGCCGUGGGCCUGGUGCUGGUGUUGUGAUUCGCACCAGUCCUCAGGGUUCUCCAAUCAAAGAUCGGGUAAAUCUGCCCAGCGUGCUGGUUCUGAAUAGCUGUGGAAUAAGUCACGCUGGAGAUGAGGAGGAAGUGGCGACAUUCUGCGCUCAUGUGAUGGAGUUGGACCUGUCUCAUAACCAGUUCAGAGACUGGGGAGAGAUCACUAAGAUUCUGUCUAACAUCCCUCAUCUGGACUUUCUCAAUCUGAGCAUGAAUCCUCUGAAGGGCUCCAGGAUAGAGCCCGGAGGUGCUGAAGCCUUCUCAAGCCUCCGCCGCCUCGUCCUCAACAACACACACAUCUCCUGGGACAUGGUGCACAUGCUCACAAAAGAGAUCCCAGAACUGGAGGAGCUCUUCCUGUGCCUGAAUGACUAUGAGUGUGUGAACUUGUCACGGGUUCCCUGCCCAUCGCUGCGCCUGCUGCACAUCACUGAUAAUCUGCUGCAGGACUGGGGCGAGGUGCGCAAGCUGGGCCUCCUGUACCCUCAUCUUACAUCGCUCAUCCUCGCUAAUAACUCUCUCUCCUCCAUCCGUGAGUCACAGGACUCCCUGCAGUGCCUGUUCCCGAACCUGCACAGUAUAAACCUACACAACUCAGGUCUAAAUAGUUGGGAGGACAUUGAGAAGCUCAAUUUCUUCCCAAAGCUUUCGGAGGUUCGUCUAAUGGGCAUCCCUUUACUGCAGCCUUACACUGACCAAGAGAGACGAUACCUUACUAUAGCGCACUUGCCUUCUGUGACUGUUCUGAAUGGAAGUGUGGUGACACCUGGAGAAAGAGAGGAUGCUGAACGCUUCUACAUCCGCUAUCACCUCAACUCUCCUGAGGAUGAGUUAUCAUGCAGGUUCCACAACCUUGUGGCCAAUUAUGGCCGCCUGGCACCACUGGCAGAUGUGGAUUUGCGUCCAUUGAGCUGUGCCCAGGUUGAGCUGCACUUUGGGGAUAACACCGAGCAGAUGGAACUCCGGCUGGAUCAGACUGUGGCUGACCUCAAGAAGCAGCUGAAGCCUGUGGUGCAGCUGCCGCUCAAAAUGAUGCGUGUUUACUACAUUGACAGGCAGCUGGGUUAUGCGCUAGCACCUCAGGAGCUCAAGUAUGGAGCCAGAGCCCUCCAUUCCUACAGCAUACGGGAUGGAGAUAAGAUCCUGGUAGUGCCAAAGAGUUAGUAAAUAUAAAAUGAUAUGAUCACAGAGACAGUGGUUUAAAAGAGAACAUUUAAAAAAGAAAAUUAAUAUUAAAGCUAGUGUAUAAUGAGAAAUUUCCCCAUUGUGGGACGAAUAAAGGUAUAUCUUAUAUAGUACAAUUAGUUCAAAUCAGCAUAUAAAUCAGUCUUAUGGGACAUCAGAGAGAAAAGGGCCUAAAAGCUGAACAUUUACUAUGUUCAACUUGGGAAAUCUAAUGCUGUCCAUCAGAAAUUAUUUCUAAAGAACUAUGAAUUGGGAUAUAAUCUCUUCUAUUUUUGUUACACUAUUACUUUUGAAGAUAUGGGAAAGUGGUGUAUUUUUUUAGAUACACCACUGAUAACUGAGAUUUUAAAGGUUUUAACCUGUUGAUAGUUUCUUGUGUUACGCAUUUAAUAUGCAUAUCUGCUUGAGACUCUCAGGAACAACAAAUCCAAUUAAUUUUCAAAAGGUAUUUUAGCAUUUGUAAGGUGUACAAUAUGCACUAUUUUUAAAACACAAUCCUACAAUACAGUCUCACACAUAGAUAUAUAUGUAUAUAUAUA